AUGUCAAAUACUGAAAUAUGGGAGUUUAAUCGUAUUUUCCAUCUGGCGGAUAGCGAUGAAGAAGUACCCUUGGUGCGUGCUGCCGCUAUCCAACAACUGGUCGAUCUGGCCAAAUUGAUUGGAUCCGAACUGAAAACCGAACUGUGUUUACUUUUAACCAGCUUGGUUUCGGAUAACCAACGAGUUGUACGGGCAGCUUGCGUUGGGCCGUUGGUCGAGCUGGGCCGAAUGAUCACGGACGGGAGUGAAUUCGAUUCUUCUGUUCGUCCAUGUAUCGAUAAACUUGCUGGUGAUACGGCUAGGUAA